UUUUGCAAAUAUGGCUCAUAAGUCUUCUUUUCUCCCAUCUUUUCUACGUAUGCCAUUGCCAGUACCAGAUCCGCACCUGACUAUAGCAGAUCCUACAAAGAAUCAACUGUCAAGUAUUCCCGAACUACUUCAGUUGCUCGGUAGGCAUGGUUAUUUUGGAGCCAAUUACUAUAUUCUUGGAUUUUAUCUUGGACUAUCCUCUCCUACACUGGAUGUUAUUGCAAAGAAUAAUAAAGGAGAUAAUGAGAGCUGUUUACGUGAGUGUCUUACUAAAUGGUUAGAGAAAGCAGACGAUGUACAGGAGACUAGAGGUGGUCCUACUAUCUAUUCAUUGAUAUCAGCAUUGAGGGAAUUAGGAGAGAAUGAAGUAGCUGAAGGAAUAGAUAUGGAGAAGCAUCCUGCUUGUAGAAUUCUUUCUUGUUAUACCUCAGACCAAACUCUGGUAUCUGCAUUACCUCAGUUGGCUAUAUAUUUGUAUGACGCAGAUCUUAUACAAAAGAUGAUCGUCCCACGUCAUAUGCCAAGAGAAUCACUACUGGGUGAAAUAAAGGCGGCAGUUUGUGCUGAUUAUAAAAAACUUAAGGCAUUUGCUGGUAUUUUAUGUAAAUAUAAAGUCACUGUUGGUAUAGGAAGAGCUAUUAAGAAAGACUGCAGAGAGGUUUAUGAGAGUGAUGAUGAUAAGAAUGGACUCCAGAUUUAUCUUCCUAAGAGUGUCACUUCAGAGUUUAAGAAGAUGCGAUUAAAGUUUUGGCAAACAUUCAUCAAAGUAGAAUCGAUCAUGAAAAGUAACCCUGAAUCCCCAUCCCUUUAUGAUAUGAAACAUGUACUUGGUACAUAUAACAAAACAUUAUGGCCACAGUUAGCUCAGUGUAAAGGUAUCAGUGACAUUCUACAAUUAAUACGUGCUAAUAGUUCACUUGAUGACAUUAGUAUGUUGGAGUAUUUUGUUAAUGAGUAUACUAUAGAGGAGGCUAAGGUAGUAGUUGAGGAAUGUAAAGGAGCUGUCGAGGAUUUAAAAAUAAAACUUUGCCAAUUUUUGGAAGAAGAGCUUUUAAAAGCUUCAUCACUAAAAUCUAAGUGUGUUAUGAUUGUCAUUGAUGAAGAUAUUGAUAAUUCAGUGCUUAAAGAUGUACAGAGACUGUCAUCAGGUGUAUUACCAUACCAUGUAAAAUUAAAAGUCAUUAGAGAUGAUGGUAGUAUGUGGGAAGUUUGGGAACAAGAAUCAUUUUCUGAUACUUUUGAUGAUCCUAUUGUACUAAGUAAAGAUAUCACAGCUACAACUAAAGAAAUUACAGGAACAACAGAAUCAGUGAGCCAUUCUUACCAGGAGGAGGAGGAGGAGGAAGACACAAAGGAUGAGCAUCAAGUUAUGUUGCUACAGGAGAAAGUUCAAAGUAUUCAAAAACAACUGGAGGAAGAAAAGGAACUCCAUGAAAAAGAGACAAAAAUUCUUGAACAAGUUAUAAAGAAAUAUGAAAAACAAAUACUUCAACUGAAAGGGGACUUCAUUCAAAACAAAGGGACAAUAGCAACACUUACUGAACAACAGGAGGAAAUUAGUGAAGACUUGAAACACAAGACAGAGCAAUAUGAAGAAUUAAGAUCAGACAAUGAACUUACUUACAAACAACUGGAGGAACUUGAAAAGAAACUAAAAAGAGAGAUACAAACAUCCUCCUGUUUCAUGAAACAGAAAGAAGUUGCUUUAAGAGAGAAAGAGGAAUUACAAAUAAAGAUUUUUGACCUUCAACAAGAAUUAGAACUACAGCAAGCCAAAGAUCACAAGGAAGUAUUAGUUCAGUGUGAAUACACUAUCACUCAGUCAGAACAAGGGCCAGUACAACAGAAAGAAGAGUAUGGGAUAUUACAAGAGAAUGUAUCCACAUCUAAUUAUAUUAGUAAAGGUAACAUAUCACAAUUAUCAGUAAUAAUGGCACCAGUUGAAGAUGACUGGUAUUAUAUUGGACAGUGUCUUGAAGUGAAGGAAUCAGUGUUAACUGAAAUCAAAGAGAUGACACCAGUUGAUUCAAGAUUAACUCAUGUACUUGAGACCUGGUGUCAUGAGAAGGAUAGAACAAUAACUGAACUGAAGGAAUCAUUGAAAAGAAUAGAUAGAGAUGAUAUACUGGAAGGUUUACAUGAAUUACCUACUGGACAAUAUACAAUGAAUAAUGAUGAAGAAUAUGAUAUUAAUGUAAAAGAUUCAAAUGAUGAAGUUGAGACCCAAAUUGAAACUGAAAACAAAGAAAUACAAACAACACAAACAACUCUUGACAAAGAAAUUCAGUUCAACUCUCUUGUAUCAUCACAUAGAACAAUUGAAUAA